AUUUGUGAUGUACUUCCGGUGCUGUGACCCGUGUUUACUAAACGAGAUCCGUUCGCUCCGGGUCCGAGUUCAGACUCUUCAGACGCUUCAGAGCUCCGGACUCUUCACACCUGCAUACUUUAUUUAAAAAUGACCUCAUCACGCACACUGCGACGUCACUGCGCGCCGGAUGAUGUCACUCAACCGAGACCAUAACAAGUAGCUCGCUAGCUCCGACCUAACGUUAGCCGUUUAGGGAAUUUAGCUGAGAACCAGGUCAGAACCAGGUGAGCGGAGCUAACAGGCAAACAGGCUGAUCCGUAGAGGAGGAGGAGGAGAGUCCAGGAGAGUCCUGAAGCUGAGACCUGGGCCUGCAGGCUGCUGAACACGAUGUUCCAGGACGAGGCCUCCCCGGCGGCUCUGACCGACCUGUGUCUGACCUACGUGAGCCAGAACCUGGACUGGUUCUGUGUGAAGCGGCCCGAUGGAUCGCUCUGCUUCAGAGAGGCCGUGCUGUUCCCUCAGGAGCUGGCUGACCAGCUGCUUGCCAAGAUGGCGUCUGAAGGUCUGCUGAAUGACAGCACAGUGGGAGUGUUUCGUACCUGCGAGUACCUGCGUCUGAGACGAGCGUGCGUCAGGACGGCUCGUAUCUCUGCUGAGGCCUUCCAGAAAGCUCUGUGUCCUCACAGGCUGCUGGAGCUGGACGCCGCCAGAGUCAACGCAGACCUCACCAUCCCCGACAUCCUUCAGGGCCUGGCCACCAACAAGUACUGUCAGGAGUCUCUGCAGCGGCUCGUCCUCACAGGUCUAACCAUGUCGUCCCUGGAGGAGCCAAUCAGACACCGGUUCGGCUCCCUUCAGGGCCUCCGCUCUCUCUCUCUGGCCAACGUGGACUUCUACGACUCGGGGCUGGAGGACUUGUGUUCUCUGCCUCGCCUGGAGAGUCUGGAUCUGUCCAACACGUCCGUCACCAACCUGAGCCCCCUGCUGGGCCUGAAGGAGCGUCUGCGCUCGCUCACGCUGCACCAGCUGAAGAGGCUCGAGAUGAGCACGGCACAGCUGCUGGGGGUCAUAGGUCAGCUGGAUGCGCUGCAGCACCUGGACAUCAGUGAUGAUAAACAGUUCACCUCUGACGUGGCUCGUCAGCUACUCGCUCAGCCGGGGAUUCUGCCCAACCUCGUGUCUCUGGACGUGUCGGGGAGGAAACAGGUGACGGAUGCAGUAGUCAAAGUGUUCGUGGAGGACAGACCGGGGAUGACGUUUGUGGGACUUCUGGCCACAGACGCUGGAUUCUCGGACUUCCUGUCUGGAGAGGGAAAUCUAAAGGUAACAGGAGAAGCCAACGAGACACAGAUCUGUGAGGCUCUGCGUCGCUACAGUGAGAGGGAAGGAUUCGUGAGGGAGGCUCUGUUUCAUCUCUUCAGCCUGACGCACGUCAUGGAGACUCCGCGGCCCGACAUCCUCAAGCUGGUGGUGUUGGGGAUGAAGAAUCAUCCGGCCACGCUGAACGUGCAGCUGGCAGCGAGCGCCUGCGUCUUCAACCUGACCAAACAGGACCUGGCUGCAGGGAUGCCCGUCAGGCUGCUGAGCUCCGUCACUCAGCUGCUGCUGGAAGCCAUGAGGACUUUCCCCAACCACCAGCAGCUUCAGAAGAACUGUCUGCUGUCUCUGUGCAGCGACCGCAUCCUGCAGGAGGUUCCCUUCAACAGGUUCGAAGCAGCCAAACUGGUGAUGCAGUGGCUUUGUAACCACGAGGACCAGAACAUGCAGAGGAUGGCGGUGGCGAUUAUCUCCAUCCUUGCUGCGAAGCUGAGCACGGAGCAGACGGCUCAACUGGGAGCAGAGCUGUUCAUCGUGAAGCAACUCCUCCAGAUCGUGCGUCAGAAGGCGAAUCAGGGCGUGGUGGACGCCACGUUAAAGUUCACCCUGAGCGCUCUGUGGAACCUGACCGACGAGUCGCCAACCACCUGCAGACACUUCAUCGAGAACCAGGGCCUGGACCUGUUCAUCAAAGUCCUCGAGUCCUUCCCCAACGAGUCGUCCAUCCAGCAGAAGGUUCUGGGCCUGCUGAACAACAUAGCCGAGGUGGGUGAGCUGCACGUGGAGCUGAUGGUACAGAGCUUCUUGGAUCACAUCAGCACGCUGCUGCACAGCUCGGAGGUGGAGGUGAGCUACUUCGCUGCGGGGAUCCUGGCUCACCUGACGUCCCGAGGAGAGGACGCCUGGACACUGAGCCCCGAGCUGCGAGCGUCUCUGCUGGAGCAGCUGCAUGCUGUCAUCACUAAGUGGCCCCCCCCGGACUGUGAGAUGGUGGCCUACAGGUCUUUUAACCCCUUCUUCCCCCUGCUCGAGUGUUUCCACACCCCUGGGGUCCAGCUGUGGGCGGCCUGGGCCAUGCAGCACGUCUGCAGCAAGAACGCGGCUCGGUAUUGCAGCAUGUUGCUGGAGGAGGGCGGCUUGCAGCAGCUGGAGCUGGUCCACACACACCCUCAGACGCACCGGGACGUCCGGCUGCUGGCGGAGAGCAUCCUGGAGAGUCUGCAGCGCCACCAAGCUCGCACCGGCCAGCCCGCGCACACACUCUGCAGCCGCCGCCCGCCGCAGUGACAAUCACGGUGACAUCACACAGAGAGGGUCUGCUGCAUCGGACUCAACUCAGCCGCAGAUCUUAAGUUCUGUUUCUGUCAGAGCAGGAGGACGAACACACGCACACACACAUAUACACACUCACACACACAUACACACAUAUACACACUCACACACUCACACACACUCCAUCAAGAAGGAGAAAGACUGAUUAUUUUCUCGUACACACACACACACACACACAGACACACUACAUUAUUUAUUUUUCUGUGUUUGUUUCAAAACAAAGAUCUUUGUGUGUGUUUGUAAAAGUUGAACUCAUCGGAGGAACUUUAACCUCAGUGUCUGUGUGACCUCACCUUGACCCCUUGGAGCUCCUGGGCUGCAGAGUGAAGCAUGCUGCAUCCGUCUGAAUGUUCAGGAACGUCUGCCGUGUUGUGUUCACUGACCUCACGUCCUGAAAUCAGCUGACUGGACUCUGUUGUGGUGCGUUCAGGGGAUGAACAUCGAGGAUGUAACAUGAAGAAGAGAGAAGACGAGACAAGAUCAUUAUAAUAUCACAAUAUGUCUGAUUGAACGUGUAGUCCUGCAGGAUGUGUGUGUGUGUGUGUGUGUGUGUGUGUGUGUGUGUGUGUGUGUGUGUGUGUGUGUGAGGUAGCUGCAUGUCAAAGACUGUGUGUCACCUGUACAUAACACACAGAGAGAGAGUAAUCAUGUUUGCUGAUGCAUGUUAAAGAUUUCAUUGUUUGUUCUGUAUAACGGUGAGGGGGGGGUCACACCUCACAGCAGGAGGACGAGCUGACUCAGGUGACAUGUUUGAUGUUCAGACCUCUUCUCGUCUCUGUCUGUAAAUCAGCUGAUGUUGUAAACAUGACUGAUCUCAUCAUAGGUAACCAGCUGUUCACCUGUAAUCUGAUUAAAUCUGACAGGUUGGAGCAAAUGUUCAAAAUCUGAUGUUAUAAAAAAAAACCUCAGAUCAAACCUCCGGCUUGUUGUUGAAACUUUGAUCCUAAACAUCCGGAUUAUCCUGAUCCAGCAGAGGGCACGUACAUAUACAUGUAUAUUAUACAAGGCAAACAAUACUCAGACUUGAAAACAAAAAUAAGGAAGUAGACAGUCGAAUAAAUUUGUCAAUGAAAAAAUAAUUAUAAUAAAACAUAUAUCUAUUGUAUAUUUAAAGUAGAAACAUAAUAAAUUAAUAGAAUAAGAUGUUAAAAAUAAAAUAUAUAAAUAAAUACGAAAGGCAAAUAUAAUAAUAAAAACAAACAAAAUUAAUAAACACCACUUCAAAGUUCCUGCAGUCUUCUUCUAAAGAGUCUCGUGAUGUUAUGACGUCUGUCAGCUGGUUUAUCGAUGUUUGGUUGAUCUACCUGAAGCAUCCCCUGGUGUCAGACAGUCUUAGCACAGUAUCCAGCUGUGUGGCAGCAUGUAGACCCCUCAUGCUGGUUUACCGUCCUCCGAAAAACAGACCGGACCAAUAAGAGUGUUCUUACUUUACCUCAUGAAGAUGUUUUGCCUCAUUUCAAUCUUCUUUUAUUUAAUCCAGCCGUUUGUCGGGAUCAGGAGGAUCAUGAUUUCUUAAAAGUUUUCUUCAUCUGUUUAAAAGUUUCAACACAAUCUGAGGUUUGAUCCAGAUUAAGACGGAACUGGAUUACCUGAACUAAUCUAUAAACAGUCUUCUGAUUUGUUUGUUUUAUUUCAUGCUCAGGGGAAAAGUUAAUUUACAGAGUCACACAUUGUUGGGUCAGAUAUAAAGAGGAUGAUCGUGUGUGUUAUAAAUGUUUAUAUCCUGGAUUAGAGAAAAGAAGGAGGAGCUAAAAACGA